CGGCCGCCCGCGGAUCUGCCCGCUUGCUCUCACGGCGCUGCCAUGGCUCCGCUCCGCUCCAGCCCGGCGUGGUGGCGCGUCCUCUCCCUGGCCGUGAUCGGCCCCGUGCUCUGCGGCCGCCCGGGGCGGGCAGAGCCGGAGCCAGGCCCGCCGGCGGCGGCGGCGGACCCGCACGGGCGGCACCUCUACAGCGCGGAGAUGCUGCGGCACGGCGCCGCCGCCGCCCCGCACUUCGUCAUGUUCUUCGCCCCGUGGUGUGGACACUGUCAGCGUCUCCAGCCAACUUGGAAUGACUUGGGAGAUAAAUACAACAACAUGGAAAAACCACAAGUCUACGUUGUUAAAGUGGAUUGUACUGUAGAUAUUCCACUGUGCUCUGAAUUUGGCGUACGAGGAUACCCUACCCUAAAGCUGCUUAAACCAGGACAAGAACCUCUGAAAUACCAAGGCCCUAGGGACUUCCAGGCACUGGAAAACUGGAUGUUGGAGAAACUAAAUGAGGAACCAUCUGAUCCAGAAUCUGAUGUGGAACCACCUAAAGCCCCUGAACCGAAGCAGGGAAUGUAUGAACUCUCAGCAGACAAUUUCAAGAUGCACAUAGCAGAAGGUAAUCACUUCAUCAAAUUCUUUGCCCCUUGGUGUGGUCACUGCAAGGCUUUGGCCCCUACCUGGGAACAGCUGGCUCAAGCCUUUGAGCAUUCGGAAACUGUCAAGAUUGGCAAGGUCGACUGUACUCAGCAUUAUGAAGUCUGCUCUGAAACCCAAGUUCGUGGUUAUCCCACACUCCUCUGGUUUAGGAAUGGUGAAAAGGGUGACCAGUACAAAGGGAAGAGGGACUUCGAUUCCUUAAAAGAAUAUGUGGAUUCCCAACUACAGAGCUCUGGUAAAGAGCCACCAGCAGAUAAACCUGCUGAAGCACCACAGCCACCUGCAGAACCCACCCAUGUUGAGGCUGCAGUGCUCUCUCUCUCUGAAAAAGACUUUGAUGCAACCAUUGCUAGAGGGAUCACCUUUAUUAAAUUCUAUGCUCCAUGGUGUGGUCACUGUAAGAACUUGGCUCCAACUUGGGAGAAUCUUGCCAAAGAGCAAUUUCCAGGUUUGACUGAUGUCAAAAUAGCAGAAGUAGACUGCACCGUGGAACGUAACGUCUGCAACAGAUUUUCUGUACGUGGUUAUCCUACACUUCUGCUUUUCCGAGGCGGAAAGAAAGUCAGUGAACACAAUGGAACGAGAGACCUUGAAUCACUGCAUAGCUUUGUCUUGCGUCAGGCAAGGGAUGAACUGUAAUAAAAGUCUAGAUGCUCUGCC